UGUAAAUGUUUAUUGCUGCUAUUCGUGCAAGUUUCAACAUUAUUAGGGGGACUUGCAACAACUUGUUUACAUGGUAACCUAAUGUAAUCAUUUUUGAACUUAUUUUGAAAGGAAAUGUUAAAUGGAGACAUGGACUAAAAUAAAAGAUUGAAACAUCAACUGCCUGCAGGUUAUAUACAGCUAAAAUACCUGCAGUUGCCUGCCAAUGGCGUCUAGGGACAAGGGAACUAACUCAUUAGCCAAGGGAACCAAUCCUUGAUCAGAUGUCAGAGAUUGUAACAAUUUAGCACAAAAGCCGAAUUUCAACAAAAUGGCACAUAAAUUUAAGAAACGCUUAGGAAAACUAGAUGCCAUCUGCGCAAAAUUGAAGUUGAACACAGUUCCAAAGGCUGCUGAAGACACUGAACUUUGGACAUUGCCUGUAACAAAUGUCUCUAACAACUCCAGUGUACCAAGCAACUCCAUUCUAAAUCAGGAAUUCAGUAACAUUAAUAACAAUGUAGUUGGAAAGAAAGACCUUAACACUUCACCAGAAUCUUUGAUUGAAAACGGUGAAAUUGCAUUAGAUUUUAGUUGUAACACUAAAAAAUCUAUUAGAGAAAACUCUGUUGAUAAUGAUGAGAAGGAUUUAACAGACGCUCCUGAGAAUAAUGAAAAGACCUCAGAUGACAAAACCUCUGUUGACCGUUCUAAUCCAACAGAGAAUGAGUCUAAAGCAGGUUCUAAUAAGAGAAAGAGAAAAUCUGCAGUGCCAAGAAGCAUAAGCCAGGUGAAAGACUUUUAUGAUGAAAAAGAUGAGAAAGACGAACUGGAAGAAUAUGAAAUCAAUAACCUGAACACUGAUUUUCCUCCUGAAGAAGAAAGUGAUCAUAAUCUAAGUGGUUCAGGACAAGAAUCCUUAAGUAGGUCGCUAUACAACGAUCGCAACUCGCUGGAGCUAAACCAAUCGAAAUCCUCCACAAUCUCGACACAGUCAAAAGAGUCAGAAAAGUCUAGGAAAGAGUCGUCCGAUCAACUUUCCAUUCCUUUAGAUCUCAGUCUGAACAGAAACAAGCCUAGUGUGGUUCAAAAUGACAAAAAAGAAGUGAUGACAGAGGAUGAAGACUUUACAGACUCUGAUGAUGAUAUUGAAGAUGAGGAAGACUUCUUUAAACCAGAUAAAAAAUUUGUUCAAAACAAAGAAAAACAAAAUCCAUCUUCAUCUCCAAGUAUCCCGUCACUUAGCUCUUCCACUUCCAGUCUUAACACAUCCUCUUUGGCAGACCCAUCAUUGCAUCUUAAGGACUUUGCAGAGAAUACGAUGAACGAAUUGAUCUCAAUGUAUUACGGGAGGCCAGGGGCUGUGGAUUCCGGGAAAUACAUCCCUCUCAAAAGUCUCAAGCACAUUCCACCAUAUUCCCAGGGCUCCCCCAGUAACGUGCACUCUCUUGGGUUAGCGAAAUCAGAGGGUGUGGCAUACUCUCAGAAUCAGCCCAUGAGCAGCGAAGAUGAUGAAUCACAUGACAACAUGACCACACCUGUGAAGGGCAUCUAUGCCAACUAUGUGAAGUCUUCCGGGCCUUCAACUUCCGGUAGAGGAGGAAAGUUGCAGAAUGACCGCUUUACCACUAGUUCGUCCUUCAUCAACGCUGUUUACAGCAAGACCCCUGGGACACCAAAUGUGGGGGGCCAGAUAUCACCGGCCCUACCCAACUACUCAAAGUACCUUAAAAGGUAUAACAGCGGGAUCGAGUGCGGUGGUUCCCACUGCAAGGAACUUGGGUACCGGGAACAUUACCACUGCAUCGACUGCUCCUUCCAGCAGGUGUUUGCUAAGAAGGAGGAGAUGGUCCGUCACUACAAGUGGCACCGUAAACGUGAGGAGUCCCUCCAGCAUGGCUUCUUGCGCUUCUCCCCCAUGGACAACUGCUCCAAGAAGUUUGGCCAGUGCACUCACAACAGCAAGCAGACGCACUACCAUUGCCUGCAGGCGGGUUGUGACAAGGUGUACAUUAGCACCUCGGAUGUUCAGAUGCAUGCAAACUAUCACCGCAAGGACUCUGCGAUAAUGUCAGAGGGUUUCCAAAGGUUCCGCGCCACUGAGGACUGUGGGACGCCUUCGUGCUCUUUCUACGGACAACGAACAACCCACUUUCACUGCCUGAGGCCUGACUGCAAGUUCACAUUCAAAAACAAGGCUGAUAUGGAGAAGCACAAGAGCUACCACCAAAAGGACGAGGUGCUGGGUAGGGACGGCUUCAAGAAGUUCAUGAAGUAUGAGCACUGCAUGUACACCAGCUGUCGCUACUCCAAACUCAGCAACCAUAUACACUGCAUUAGGCCUGGCUGUGACUAUGUUCUACACUCCACUGCCCAGCUCUACUCACACAAGCGCAAGCAUGAGAAGCGUGACUUUGAGAGCGCGUACAAGAAAUACCGUCACCACGGCUCCCUGGGCCCACAGACGCCCCUGUCUAACCUGUCCAUGUCAGACAUGGGCAACUCCUCUGCCAGCAGUGUGAACAGCAGUCCGGUAACACCCGCCGGUUUUGGUGGCAGCAGUGGGAUGAAGCGUCAGCUGGAGCUAGAUCAGUCUGAGCCUCUUGAGCUGAAGAGACGAAGGCAUGAGUCUGGAUCAGACGUGGAAAUGUCAGCUCCGUCGACGCCUAGCGGGAGAUCAACUCCCGGGGAUAAAAUCUGGCAAGCAAAGUUGCCUCGGUCUGAGUCUAUGGACGGUGAUGACACAAGCAAUAACGAGGAUUCUAGGGACUAUAGUUUCCUGGAGAGAAGACAUCUGGCCAAUAUGGAAGCUGAAAACCUCAGUCUCAGCAGUUCGCUGAAUUUGCCUAUUCCAAAACUUGGCGAUAUAAAGACUGGUUUGACGUCAUUGUCAUCAUUGCCACCAACAGCGUCUGUAGCUGUCUCGCAGAGUGCUACCACCAGUCUGCAUCUUGGCGCGUCUGUUGCAAGCCCUACACCGGACCAGCUUUUCAAGCCCAUGACCCCAGAGAAGGCGACCUCUUCCGGUAUGUUAAGUAACCCUCCAGGGGGUGGUUCCCUGAUGGCUAUGAAUCCUGGUACCCUGCUUACUGUGCCUUCCACCCACGCAGGGGCCUCGAUUGCCCUGCAGCCACCAAAAUCAGUGUACACUGAGAGAAGGGAGAAAGAUGACUCCUGGAAAACCUACCUAGUUAGGUACACUGCUAAUGACCCCUGCAAUCCGCGCUGUCAAUACUUAUACAAGGAUCAUUACCACUGCAAGAUCGAGGGCUGUCUCGUACUGUUUAAGUCCAAGGACGGAGUUCGAGAACACGCUAGGUUUCAUGAACUCCAGGACAGGAUAACUCCGAUCGCCUACCAGACGUAUGAGAGUGCUGUCCCUUGCCCAGAGAAGUGUCAGUAUAGUGAAAAGGAGAAGCACUUUCAUUGUAUAUGGACGGGAUGUAGUCACGUUAUACCUUAUAUUGGACCCACGUUUGGCCGUCUUGAGCACUACCGAAUACAUGAAUAUUCCCGAACGUCAGCCGGAAAGUCCUACAAUCGGGGCGGUUCCACAAAGCUGGGCAACAUCUUCGAUGACAACACUAUACGUCGUCGAGGGAGACCGCCAAAAUACCCCAAGAUAGAACUUCCGAAAAUCCCGAAAGUUGAACUCACUGAUGAAGAGAUACAACAAUCUCAGAUUACCCAGUCUGUAGAAAGUCCUGGAGACAUGAAAGUCCUUAAUGGUUUCCGGGUGUUCUCCCCAGAAGAUCCGUGCCCGGACGAUAAGUGCAUCUUUAUCGGUAAACUACACUACCACUGUGCUAGACCGCGCUGCAAUACUAUCACCGAUCGAGUCGACGUUCUUAAUUUGCACGCCAAAGACUUCCAUAGUUUCGUGAACAUUCUUGAAGGCUAUGAAUUCUUCGAUAGAUCUGUAAGCUGUCGCAGAUUCCACUGUCCAAACAACCAGACGAAUCGUCACUUUCACUGCACGCGUCCUAAAUGCGACUACUCCUUCAUUCGUCACAGCACCAUGAGUCAACACGAGAAGAAGCAUCUCGGCGCUCGGAGUUCGUCAAUUGAGGGUAUUGACUCGCAAAGGUCCCCUUCUAGAGCUUCUGUCACUCAGCCCAGCCUCGUAGCCAAUCAUCUUCAAGCUUCUCUGUCCAGUAUGAAGCCGUUGCUGUCCUCCCUCAUGCCUGUUGCCGGUCUAUCCGGGACAUCCAACAGAACCACGUUCAUCUCUCAGUCUGGGAACCAAAUACCAAGGCUGACACAGGAAUCUGUCAUUCUUCCAACUCCUCAAAACCUGGUUGCUAUGGCGAUAGCUUCCUCUUCCGUGGCUAUGGAAACAAGUCUAGUAAAGGGCACUGCUCCCUUAAGCGCUGUUCAGUCGUUGCCAUUGACUGCAAAUCAAACUUUUCCUGGGUUUCCCAACUCAUUAUUCACUUUGGAUGGAAUGUCAAUAGAUUUAAACAGUAUUGAAGCCAUUAGAAAGAAUGUUUUACUGAAUGUCUUGCUCAAGCCUGGUGGAAUGAACCAAAUUCCUCAGCCAAGCUGGAAUGAACUGAGGGCUAAAAUGCACUAUGGGCUGUCUCAGAUUUGCGGUAGACCUUUCUGCAAAUUGAAGAAAAAAGACCAUUAUCACUGCUCUGAAUGCGACCAGGCAUUUUCAGACCCAGCUAGGUUGCGGUCGCAUGUAGGAAAGCACGGAAUUAAAUUAAAUCGCGAUAUAACUGAGCACACACCCAUAGCUCCUAAACCUGCAAACCUCUCAUCUCAGUCCCAAUUAGCCCCAAUGUCAAAGCACUCUGUGCCUAGCAACACUGUUGAUAUGGAUUCACAGGAAGCCAAAUGUCUUUCUGAUGCAAACAUGGAAACAAAAGAUACAGAUGAUGAGGAUGCUGAUGAUGUGAAGUCGUCAUCACUUAAUCUCAAUCCGUCUAUGUUUUCACAGAUGAUAUUCAAAGCUCAGGGACAGAGUAAGAUGGGGUCAGACGAUGAAUUGAAUGGUGAAGAUGAUGAUUAUGAUGAAACGUCCCUGAAAAUUGAUACAGGAAGCGAAAUCGAUGACUCACAGGGGGAAACAAUUGAAAAAGAAAAUGAUAAAUCCAGUAGGUCAGGUAGAAAAAUAACAAGAACCAAGCAUGAAGACUUUAUAAACAGUGAUGACCUGAGUCUAGAUAAACCAAGACCACAGACUGCAUCUAAAAAUGGACAGAAAACAACACCUAGACCGCAGCAUGCAGCCACGGAAAGCAACAAAGUAGUUCCUACCGGCCCAAGAUCUAUGCGUGAUGACUCGAUACCAGACGGUUACUCAAGGUGGCGCUACAAUGAAGAAUGCAAGUAUCCAAAGUGCGCAUACAAGCACAGCGUGACACAUUUCCACUGCAUUCGCGAGGACUGCGGCUACGGGUUCAGCGACCGGUCGCGACUCAUUCAGCACACGCUGCGUCACGAGCGUAUCGACAGUAUCACCGGGGGAGAGCUGCAACAGUUCAGGAUCAAUCAGGACUGCGAGAUCGCAGAGUGCGAGCACAAACUGAAGAUGUCGCACUUCCACUGCAAACGAUGCAACUAUUGCUGUACUGACUCCAGCAAGGUCCUCACACAUCGAAAGCAGCAUGCCAAGGCGGACAAGAUUAUUGGGCAGGGUUUCGAUAAGUGCUCACAGGCGGAGGAUUGUCAGGUGACUGGUUGUCCCUACUUGGGUAAACAGAGUCACUUCCACUGUAAGCUUGCAACCUGUAAAUUGCCGGUUCUCGGGCCUACACAGAUGUCCGCUCAUAGGCACCGGCACACAAAUGAUGGUGAUGUUGAUGGUUAAUUGUGUUUGUGAUUGUGAUGUUUAUAUUUUAGAUGGUGUUGUAUGAUGAUUGUUAUAAUGCAGAAGAUGUCAUUAGAAGAUUCUGAAAGGCAUGGUCUAUUGUUAUGAAGGGGAUUAAAAAUGAAGUUUAGCGUCAAUGAUUGUCAAGUUUGUGGUAAAUUAUUUUAAAGAUUGGGGUCAAUCAUUGUCAAGUUUGGCUUCAAUGAUUGUGAUGUGCACCAGCUAUGAUGAUGAAAAAGUUUAGUCAGUAUGAAAUUCAUGACAAAUGAAGCAAAAGUUGAUAGUAAAUGUUGAAAUAGUUUAUGGAUAAUGAUGAAAUAGUUAUGAUUAAUGUGCUAGAAGUGUUGACUGUCAAGUCUUUCUGUAGGAAAAUCUUGCAGUAAAACAAUAAACCCAACCAGGGCGUUGUGGGUAGUUUGUGUAAGAUUUAUGUUGCAAAUAUUUGUAAACACAAUUCUUUUAAUGAUGGAUUAUGUUCAGUUCAAACUUAAUUCCACAUUGUUUCACAACUUUGCUGUUCUAACAUUGCACAUUGAUGUUUAUCAUUAAGAUUUGUUUUUUUAAUAUGUAGUCAUUUUUUUCCAAAUUGUUUUAACAAAUUCUUUGGCGAAUAUGUUCUUUUUCUUAAUCUGCUUUGUUCAUCGAAACAUUGUUAUUAUAAAUAUUCAAAAGUAAAUAUAUUUUCACUUAUUGUGUCUAAUUGUGUGCAUAAUAAACAAUAGAAAAGAUUUUAUAAAAAUUGAGUGAUAAAGAAUCAAUAUUGUUACAUGUAUGGUUCCAUGUAUCGUUUGUCUCAAAUGUUGAGAUCUAAAAUGUAACGUAAAUGCAUAUUUUUACACGCACACACACUUACAAACAAAUGUUUAGUAGAUAUACCAUUUGGGGUUUAAUUCUAUACUUUGUGAUAAAUAUAAAGUGCUGCUGUGUUUGUUAUAUCACUGCUGAGUUUAUCAUUUUCGUUGAUGUUUGUGUAUUCCAAGAACUGCUGAAACGAGAUCAGUAUGGACUUUUCAUAUCCCAUUUUAGUCAUUUUCAAAGCUAACAUGCUAAUGGCUGAUUUUUCUGUACACAAACUUAAAUCAUAUCAUUGUUGAGUCACACAUAAGGACACUCCACAUCAGUGUGUACUUUUAUUUACUGUGUAAAUAAAAAAAUUGUGGAAUGUUUCUUAAAUAAAAAAAUGCUUGUUUCCAUGUACUCAGAAUUACGAAUGUUUGGUUAGAUUAGCUGAAAAUAUUCUGUGUAUUUGUAUAAAUUGUGUGUCAUUGGGGAAAAUUAUCAUGCAUAGAUGUAUAUUUUAAUGUUAAACGAUUGUUUUGUUGUUUAAUUUAAAAUACUUCACAUUCCGAAAACUGCAACAUCUCAAAAGACAUUUCAUGAAUUGUUUACAUUCCAUUGUACGAUGACAAUAACUGUUGUUUUAACUUGAGCAUAAACAAGAAUAACAUGUUUCGUAGAAUACUGUUGACACUCAAGUGUGUGUUAUAAAAAUGAUAUACAUGUACAUAGAAAUGCAAGAGGCCUAGACCAUAUUUUCAUAAGAAAUUCAGACAGGUCACAUUAUUUGUGGCAGAACAUGUUUUAUCAGACUUCUGCACCUUUUGUAAAUAUAAAUGUAUAUUGUUGUAAAACAUACAUAUUAUCAUGAUAUGUUUAUUACAAAUUAUGCAAAUUAUGCAGAUGUUAUCUCAUACAAAACAUUCCACUUUGUAUUACAAAAUAGUUAUUUUUGUGUGUGCUAUUAAAUGUUUAUUAUGAAUAUAUUGUAUGAAGAUGUUGUAAAGUGUUACAAACACUUAAACUUUAACCAAUGAAAAAAUGCACAAAAAGUGAUAUCAUUAAUUUAGCUUAGUUAUGAAAUUAUUUAUUUUAAUAUGUGUUGUUUUGUUUUGUUCUCAGACAUGUUAUCUCUAAAUUAUUUGAAAAAUCUAUGGGUACUGAUUCAUCUUUUCUUAUUAAAGGAA